AUGAGCAUACUUACGGAGAUUAGCAAGCAACAGGCAAAGCAUUUUAGUGAGAAACCCAGGGACAUCGGCCUAGCCGUCGGCGUAAUCAGACGUAAGCUUGCAGUGCUUCACCAUCUGUUGAACAAUGAAGUCAUUGAGACAAUCAAGGAUUUGAGGGGUACCGGUCUUGGCAAUGGUAAAUGGCAGAAAUACUAUAACGAAAAAGGCCAUGAGUUAAUUGAAAAGGAACUUCAACUUCACUUGAAUUGGUUGACCGGCCAGCCCACACUACUCGGCUCUGGCGUCCACCUCAUUACCACUGUGCUUGAAGAGCUUAGAAAAGAGUUAAAAAGCGAGUCUGGAAGUCCUAAUAAUAGUCUGAUAAACAGGUUGGGAGACUUGUUAACGAAAGGACUUGGUGGUGAGGAGUGGCAAAAUAGUAAAGAUGGUCUCAGUAAAAUCAACAAUGAACUCCAUGAGAAGAAUACGCAGUUGUCUGAGGCAAGUGAAAACAUUGAACAAGCAACCGAGAGUGUACUGCAACAAACCCAAAGUGUUCUCCGAAAUGUUAGAAAGAAAUUGAGUCAUGAACUCAUUCCUGAAGAUGACAUUGUGCACAACUUACAGCUGCUGCAAAGGAAGAUUGGUAUUGGUCUUGCUAAAAGUGACGAUGGAAGUCUUCAAGAAAUCAAAAAAAAGAUUAGUAGUCUGCAGGCAAAUGCUUUUACUAAUAGACUCAAAGAAAUCGGACAAGCAAAGGAAGAAAUUGAAAAGGAUCUUAAGAAGCUUAAAGGUGAAUUACAAGAUGAAGUUAGCACUAUGUUAACUGAUCUCCUGGACAAGGAGUUCGGUGGCAGUGAGCAAUGGAAUGGGAAAAAUGUCAAGGGCUUCGACCAUAUUAAGCGCAAUGUUCAGAGUCAACAAAAUCAGUUAUCCCACCAACCCGAAAUAAUAAGCUCAGGUAUGAAGGAGAUAACUGACGAACUUCAGAGUCUCCGAACCGAGUUGCAGGGCACGGACAGCGAGGAUCCCAAAUAUCGAGGCGUAGUCAAGAAUCUGGAAUUCAUGACAAAACACAUUGGUCGAAGUGACAAUGAAGGCCUUAAGAAAAUCAAACGUGAAAUGGAGUCCCUCAAGAACGACCAGGGCAAAGGGAUCACUGACAAUUUAGGUAAGAUGAGCUUAGCCAUCCAAAAAGCUGGUGCCUAUGCUGGCUGGAAUCUGAACCAGCUUGAGAUUCCGCAUAUUGACGGGAAACUCAAAGGCAUACAAGGUGGUCUCACCAACCUCCGACUCACCGACCUUGCCGAAGCCAUCAGGUUGUGUGACGACUUCCUUGAUAAAGCCGACGAGAUAGAGAAGAACACCGUCCAUGCCCUUUUGAAGCACGUCGACUGUGAGGUGGACGACGCCAUCAAGGACCUCACCAAGGAAGCCCGUGGGCUGUACGUGGACUCGCUGAGGGAGGCGUUGGAAUUGUUUGCCAAGAAAGUCAACGAGGAUUUAAACCUGCUGCCACAUGAGAUAAACAGGGAUAGGUACGUGGGCUAUAAAGGGUUCAUGAAGUACUUGCAACGACCGCUGCGCUCCGAUCUAACAGGUGAGGAACAGAGCGUCGCAGAAUUAUCAUCCGCAUUCCAGGAGGUGUUCGAGCAAAUUGAGAAGUAUGUCGCAGGGGAAAUCACCAGGCUGCACGAUGAGCAAAACAAGGAGAAGAAUCCCUCUUUGCCACCAACCAAAGAGCCCUACACGCCCAAGCUCAAUGAUGUUUAUGACGCGCUCACUGCGCUGCUCGCCUACCUAAGGGACAAUGAUAGAGGUACCGACAGACUCACCGAGCUGGUUGAGAGGCUGAGCAAGGCGCUGAGUAAUAUGGCACCCUUCUACUUCAAGCACCCGUCCACUCCGCUGCUCGACACUGUCUCUAUUGGUCUCUCCAAAUUCACCGGUGAGCUCGGCAACACUUACAUCUCCACCUACUCCGGUCAGCGGUGCAGGGAGGAACACGCCCACAAGUACGCUAAGGUGUUCCUCAGCAUUAUACCUAUGACGCACCAAGCGCUUACCAAGUUGGCGACGAAAUGUGAAGGUGAGUGUAAAGCACUUCACAUUAGUAAGUUCACUGCUGACGAGAGGGAUAACCCACUUGGCAACUACCUCACCAGGUGCGGGUACAGGGUGUCUAGUUCCGACAGUGGGCAAGACGGCGAGUUGAACAACAUGUUUACUGGCGGUGGGAUAUACGAGUUACUUGCAACUCCAAUUGAGGGUGUGGCUAUCGAGAUGAUGAUUGACGGUGAGCCAUUGGAAAAUGGAAUCAACUUGGUCACCAUCAUGUCGCUGCUCCACAACCUCUUAUGUCAAUACUUCCAGGUCUGCCACAUCCCUGCUCCCCCUGAGCCACGAUACCCCUGCACGGUCAGGGACAUGCUGUCGUGGCUCUCCGGGCUGCAGUAUACACAGGUGGCGAACAAGCUGCCAGGCCACUGCAAGGCUCUGCUCGACCGCCGAUGCCACGACAGCGACACACCCAACAGGGACGAUUCUGUCAUGGCCAAGUGCAUUGAUGAGCUACCAUAUACCAUCGCAACAACAUGUUCACACUCCACCGCACUGCUCACCGCCAUCCAGGGCAACGGCCACGGCAUCGACUUCGCCGCCUACCCGUAUUCGGCGGACUCCUCCAACAACCGUGCCAAGCUCCACUACCCCUAUGAACCAGAUGCGCUGCUUGAUAUGCUACGUGAGAUAGCAUGCCGUCUUAGUAGAGUGCUCUACUUCCUGUACUCCCAGUGCUGCCGCAGCACCGCCCGGGUCAAGGGGUGGCGGGAGUGCGCGUACGGCCGGCAGGUGCAGUCACACCACUGGCAGUGUAAACAAAUCGGCACUUACUCUAGUACUAUCAGUACUACUACUGCUGCAACUACUACAACUACCACUUCCUCCACCACCACCAUUCACGGCUGCCCGCCCACCUCGCCGCUCCAGUCGUUCCUCUGUGACUGCUGCCACGGACUUCUGCCGCAUACCCUUACCGCUGCUGACAUGGUCAUCGAAUGUGCCAACUGCACCUCCAACCAACUCGGCCAGCAGUGCCUCACUCCGCUCGGCUUCUGGGACCUUGGCUUUGCUGCCUCCAUAAGUGGCACCGGGUUAGAUCUCGCCAAGCGCCUCGGCGAUAUGUGCCGUGACUCCGAUUCAUGCCUGUUCGUGCUCUGUUGGACUCUGUUCUUGUCGUGUCCCGCUGCACCGUCAUCACUCGCCGACGUGUUUGCAUUGUAUGCUCAGCUGCUUCGGAAGUGGGACUCUCAUGACCGUGUUGAGCACCGUGGCGGCACGUACACCGAUGCCUCCAAUUUCAUAUCGCACCUCAACACUGACGGCAUCGACAGCCUCUUCCCACUGUGGACACUGCUCCAUGGCAGUUAUGAAAAUCACCAGCUCACUAGUGCCAUCGCAUCACUCUCCGGCCAUGGCCACAAAAACCACAAUGCGUUGUCCACCCUCUUCCACGACUCCACUUGCAAGUCACCCCGUGGAUGCGCUCCCUACCUCCAACCCCUAGGACUCCACGCCCAUCACACCUACCCGCAGAAGCACGCCGGGCUACACAUCACGUGGAUAAUGUACCUGGCAUGGCGAUUCUGGGAGUUGCUAUGUGACUUACUCCACGCGCUGGAUAACAUCGACUGCACGGCGUCCGGGUGUGCCACAUGCCCCUGUAAACCCGGCACCCACGGUGGGAAGGAUACCUGCCACUGCCCUUCCAUCGUCCAGUGCGCCGGGCCACUGCCAACCCUCUAA